UACGAUUGGUUCUUCCAAAUAGUACAGCACUUUUCAUUGGUCAGUCUUGCAAAGCGUGCUUUGUCUAAACAUUGUAAAUGGCGGCUUGAAUGGUUCGGGACGAAAUGGCAGACAUUAGCCUUGAUACCAUAAAAGACUUCUUCAGUCUUAAGCCGCUUUCUAGGACCAACGCACUGACGGACGUUAAAAUAACAGGGAGACAUUGGGACCAGAGUCGAAAUAACGCCUACAAGCAGCCGUUUAAAUUGCCAAAAAAGAAUCCGCAAAGCCCUCCACCAUCACCUGCAUAUGUUGGGGAGUAUUGCUCAACUGGUCCUAAGCUGGAAGAUCUUUAUAAUGAACUGGAACAACUUGAACUUGACCCACCUUUAGGGGCUUCUGAUGAAAUACCUGCGGCAUUGAAAGAGGAGGAGGCUACGCAUAUUUUUGAGAACUACUCUUUUGAUCACACCUAUUCUCCAGACCUUCCCAUCACAUCUUAUCGCCAGCAGAUUGUUGAUACUGUUGAAAGCAAUUCAGUGACCAUUGUACAAGGUGCUACCGGUAGUGGCAAAACAACUCAGGUCCCUCAGUAUAUUCUGGACGAAUAUGCUAAGAACCAACGUUAUUGUAACAUCAUUGUAACUCAACCAAGACGUAUUGCCGCCAUAAGUAUUACCAAGAGAGUUUGUCAGGAGAGAGGUUGGACACUGGGUAGUCUUGUGGGUUACCAGGUGGGAAGGGACAAGUGUCUCAGCGAGGACACCCGUUUAUCUUACGUCACGACUGGUGUGCUGCUCCAAAGGUUAAUUCAGUCCAAGAAUAUGAAUCAGUACACCCAUGUUUUUCUGGAUGAGGUUCAUGAGCGUGACCAAGACUCAGACUUCUGUCUCCUAGUGGUGAAAAAGUUGUUGAGAACAAACUCAAGGCAUGUCAAGGUUAUCCUGAUGUCAGCCACCAUUGAAAGUGAUCUUUUUUCAAUGUACUUUGCUGUUCCUGUGCGUGGCAGAGUAGAGGGAGCCCCUGUUGUCAGCGUAGAUGGGAAGUCCUUCCCUGUGGUGGAAAGUUAUCUUGAUGAUCUUAAAGAUAUUGGAAUGCUCCCAGACGUUACUCUUGAAGAACCAGGUAUUGACAGAGUGGGGUACGAGUUGGCAGCUCGGCUUGUAUACCAUCUUGAUGAACUGGAGAGAACUAGCAACACAAGGCAAGGUUCUCGUGGGACUGUCCUAAUGUUUCUGCCUGGUUAUUUUGAAAUUGAACAGAUGGAUCAUGUCUUAGAUGAGAUCUGUACAGAUUUGAUAAUACUUCCACUGCAUUCCCGAAUCACCACCCAUGAACAAGGAAGUGUCUUCCAAAAACCACCAGAGGGUUUCAGAAAGGUCAUCUUGGCUACAAACAUUGCUGAAAGUUCAAUCACUGUUCCAGACAUCAAAUAUGUUAUUGAUUUUUGUCUGGAGAAAUGUCUAAUUUGCGAUCCAGAGACAAACUUCCAGAGUUUACGGCCGCAAUGGGCAUCCAAAGCCAACUGUACACAACGUAAAGGUCGUGCCGGGCGUGUGUCGACAGGAACAUGCUACAGAAUGGUAACCAGGGAGUUUUAUGAAUCAUGCCUUCCACAGUUUGGUAUUCCUGAGAUGCAGAGAUGUCCACUAGAACAGGUUGUGUUGAAAGUGAAGCUCUUGGAUAUUGGUCCCCCCAAGGCUGUGCUAAGACUGGCAUUACAGCCUCCAGAUUCAGACGACAUUGAGCGGACAGUCUUGCUAUUGAAGCAGGUGGGUGCCCUGACCAUUGUUAUGAAGAAUGGUACCAUUAAUCCUUGUGAUGGAGAGCUGACAUUUAUUGGCAAAGUGCUGGGUAGCCUGCCGAUUGAUGUUCACCUUGGAAAGCUGCUGGUUUUUGCAUAUGUGUAUGGUUGCCUUGAAGAAUGCCUUGUUAUCAGUGCUUCAUUGUCUUUGCAGUCCUUCUUUGCAAAUCCCUUUAAGAAGGAAUUUGAUGCUUACAGGUAAAUGUAGUCCAUCUGUCAAUCUUGAAAAUAUCCCCAAGUGGCCCUGCUUACAUAGGAUUUUGUCUGUUGUGCCCGUGAAAAUGGCACAUUAUGCUUCUAGCAGUGCUCAGAAUUUUUGGAAAUUAUGUGGAAAUUAUGCUAGUUUCUCUAAAUUAUGCUUCUUGCCAUCAAAAUUAUGCUAUCUGGUUUUUAAGCAAAAUGAAGAAAGAACAGGGUAAAUAGAGGCAAAAUAGAACAAACCCUUAUCUAGUGACUGCAGAAUAACUUGUCAGCUGCUGAACUAUCUGAACUGGAAUUGGAAGUGCUUGACAAUGAGGACGCCAUCUUAGACCUUAGAGCUCGGUCAGCUCACCGCCGAGCCGCAUGUGUGGGGUCUGAGACCAAGAAACAUCAAAACAUGACACGGAUCACAGGCAGCAUGGAGCCAACAGUCAACAAAAGUUUAACAAACAGAAUAAGUAAAAAGAAGUGUAUU